UAGAGUGUAGUACAGAGUUGUGUCCCUGUGGCCGCCAUUAAAGGAUGCGACCAAUGUAUUCAAACAAACCAGUGAGACACAGCUGAGCACCGCACAGCCUUUUCUCUUUUGAUUUCACUUCGUAUCCACAGCCUUCUCCUUUUAAUCGUCACAAUCUCAACGUUCGUCUUUGAUGUCAUUCCGACGAAGACCGGGAAACGAGCGAGACUGAAUUUUUAUGAAAUUUAAACCCGAACUCUCCUGGCUUGAACUGUUUGUUGCUGCCUCGCUUAGCCAGUCAGUUAGCCAGCUAGUCGCUAACUUCAGUUAGCCCGAUGCUAAGCUAAGCUAAAGGGGGAGGGCUGCGUUUACCUCUCUACCCCCUCUGGCUGCUGUAAUUACAUAUUCUUUGAUGUAUCGGCUCCGAAGGAGGAAAAUAUCUCACCGCGGAUCAUGGUAAAUGCGCGGCGUUGUUCGUGCGGGAAGUUUUUAGCGGAUUUUUUAACGCAUUCCUGGUGAGUGAGUAACCUUUAGCGGAGCGACACCAGAGCUAAGCUAAUUAACUUAGCUCGCUGGACGCGAACUCGUCCUGCUGCCGAUUGUGUCUGCGAGAGACGGACCCGGUCCGAACCCCAUCGCGUUUAUUUGUUCCUGGGAUCUGAAAGAGAGGAUGGCUCGCUGGACCGCGCUUUGAUGAUGAGUUCUUGUUUUGUACCCAACGGGGCGAGCUUGGAGGACUGCCACUCCAACCUCUUCUGUCUGGCUGACCUCACGGGGAUCAAAUGGAAGUGCUUUGUAUGGCAGGGCCCCACCUCGUCCCCAAUCCUCUUCCCAGUGACAGAAGAGGACCCCAUCCUGUGCAGCUUCAGUCGCUGCCUGAAGGCGGAUGUGCUGAGCGUGUGGCGGCGGCACCAGACCCCGGGUCGCCGGGAGCUCUGGAUCUUUUGGUGGGGAGACGACCCCAACUUCGCUGAGCUCGUCCACCGUGACCUCUCAUGUGACGAGGAUGGCGCAUGGGAGACCGGCCUGACCUACGAGUGCCGAACGCUGCUCUUCAAAGCCAUCCAUAACCUGUUGGAGCGCUGCCUCAUGAAUCGAUCCUUCGUUCGUAUCGGCAAGUGGUUUGUCAAGCCAUAUGAAAAAGAUGAGAAGCCUAUCAACAAAAGUGAACACCUGUCAUGCUCCUUCGUGUUCUUCGUUCAUGGAGACAGUAAUGUGUGCACCAGCGUGGAGAUCAACCAGCACCAGCCUGUCUACCUGUUGAGUGAGGAGCACCUAACGCUGGCCCAGCAGAGCAACAAUUCAGUGCAAGUGAUUCUCUCUCCAUAUGGCUUGAGCGGAUCUCUGACAGGCCAGUCUUUCAAGAUGUCAGACCCACCAACCCAGAAGUUAAUUGAAGAAUGGAAGCAGUUCUAUCCCAUAGGCCCCAACGCCAAGGAGGUCACGGAUGAUAAGAUGGAUGACCUUGAUUGGGAGGACGAUUCUUUGGCUGCUGUCGAGGUUGUUGUUGCUGGAGUGAGGAUGGUGUACCCUGCCAGCCUGGUGCUGGUGGCUCAGUCUGACAUCCCGGUUGUGGCUUCAGUGAACUCCUCCAACUCUUCAGGCUCUUACUCCGGAGGUCAGCACAGUCAUGUGGUCCACGGAGACACUGCUAUCUCUUCAGUUACCCUGACUCCUCCCACCUCACCUGAGGAGGCACAAGCAGUCCUGCAGCCUGCCCAGAAGUGGGUGAAAUUCUCAGCGAUGUCCGGCCCCUUUAGCGUGGACAGCAGCAGUCAUCACGGAGGGAAGAUCCCUCGUCGACUGGCCAGCCAAAUGGUGGAGCGAGUCUGGCAAGAGUGCAAUAUCAACCAAGCCCAGAACAAGAGGAAGUUCUCAACUAUGUCCAAUGCAGUAUGUGAAGAGGAACCUGACAAAGCUUCUGUAUGGGAAUUCGUUGAGCCAUCUCAAAGGACGCAGUGCAGUUGCUCAAGGCUUAAAAACCAGAGGCAGCGUGCAUGUAGCACCCCAGGGCAUCCUCCAUCUGCCGGCCAACCUUCUCAGCCCACCACCAAACACAAGAUGGUGGAGAAACUGGAAAAGGGGGACAAACAGCAGAAGAGACCCCAGACGCCCUUCCACCACCGCAGCUCGCUGUGUGAAGAGCUUAACCUUGAGCAGGGAGAUAACGUUCACAGGUUGUGUCUACAGGGCCAUGAGGAGAGCCGUUACCCCAACCUCCACCACUCAGACGUCACCUCCAGCAAGACCCCGAUGCUGCACGGCUCCACAGACGAGAUGGCCAGUUCCCCUCAGCCUCCGCCGCUCAGCCCCCAUCCUUGCGAGCACGGGGACGAGGCGACAAGCGGCUUGAAAUCUUCUCCUCUUCAUCAACACUUCUACCCCCCUUCCUCUGAGCCUUGCCUGUUGCCCCAGAAACCUCCAGAUGAUUCUCAGCUAGACCCCCUGCGCCCGCCCUACAUGCCUGUAUGCCCAGAAUCCCUAGAACCCACCGUGUAUGUGGGCUCUGCCAUCAACCCCAAUCAGGACACGACGCAUAAUCCCUGGAAGUACUUUAAGGUGCCUGGUGGGAGGAACGCAGAUUUUCGCACGCCUCAUCUUCCUGUGGUCACACAUUUUGAGGAUGGUAACAGAGACCAGGAUGGAGUGGUGUCCAUUACAGAAACUAUGUCCUCCUCCAAGAGACCUCUAAAGGUGGCAGAAGAACGAGUAAAGAUGUACGAGCAGAAGAAGAAUCAGCAUCUCUUCGCAGCGGUGUGUGACGGAGACCCAGAGAGUGAAUCUGAUCCGUACGCUUUUGUAGAGGGAGACGACGAGUUCACCUUCAACGAUAAAGAGAAAAAGCCUGGAGCCGAGAGGGAGGCGGGGAAGAGAAAUAAGAGGGAUGAUGGCAGUUUGUCGUCUGACGAUGCACCAGGUUCGGCUGGCAGUAAACCACUUCCAACCACCAGUUUGAUCCACGAGACAGACCUAGUGGUAUCCAUUAAUGACCUGGACAACCUCUUCAACUCGGAUGAGGAUGACCUCACGCCUGGAUCCAAAAGAGCCGCUGCUGGAACAGAGAAGUUUGGUGGGAAAGAAGCUAAACCCGCGGCGCCAGACCCCCUGCCUUGCUCUGCAGACCUGCACCAGAUGUUUCCAACCCCUCCAUCACUGGAGCAGCACAUCAUGGGCUACUCUCCCAUGAACAUGAGCAGUAAAGAAUACGGCAACAUGGAGUCGGUAGCCGGGCUGUCUAUGCUGGAUGGGACGGCCAUCGGCAGCAACUUCAAGAUGGAGGUGGAGGAGGGUUUCUGUAGUCCCAAACCCUCAGAGAUCAGGGACUACUCGUACGUGUUCAAGGCAGAGUCCUGCCAAGCUUUUAUCGGCUGCUCCAUGUAUGCCCCGCUGAAGACUCUGCCCAGCCAGUGUCUGCUUCCCAUCAAGCUUCCAGAGGAGUGUGUUUACCAGCCCAGCUGGACAGUCGGCAAACUGGAGAUGAUUCAGCCAAUGGCAGCCAUGACCUUCCUCAACAAGGACAGUAACAUCCCUAGUGUGGGAAGCGCAGUUGAGCAGGACCAAAGCUGCACCCCUCAUACACAAAACACCUUCAUGUCCAACAGUGCCCCACCCAGCAACAGCGGCGCCAGCAUCCUGCCCUCCCCUGCCACCCCUCGAUUCUCUGCCCCAACACCACGGACGCCCCGGACCCCUCGUACCCCCAGAGGCCCCGCCAGCGUCCAGGGCUCACUUAAAUACGAGAACUCCGACCUCUAUUCGCCCGCCUCUACACCCUCCACCUGCAGACCCCUAAACUCUGUGGAACCCGCCACAGUGCCCUCCAUCCCGGAAGCGCACAGCCUCUACGUCACUUUGAUCCUCUCCGAGUCGGUCAUGAACCUCUUCAAGGACUGUAACUUUGACAGCUGUUGCAUUUGCGUCUGUAACAUGAACAUCCCAGGAGCCGACGUGGGCGUCAACAUCAGCGACCCCAACAUGGAUUCGCAAUACUCCAGCAUGGAAGCCUGCUCCUGCGGCUUUAGCGCUGUUAUGAACCGUCGCUAUGGCAAUGGUUCUGGGCUGUUCCUGGAGGACGAGCUGGACAUCGUGGGGCGGGGUUCGGAUGCCGGACGGGAUGCGGAGAAGCACUUCGAGGCUGUGCGAGCGGCCUCGCUGCAUAGAGGGGCGGCCCUUAAAGAGCAGGCUCCGGAUGAUCUCGUCCUUUUGCUGAAGGAUCUGUGCACUAACCCUUUCAACCCCAUCAUCAGACCUGAUCAUCUUAGCACCAGCCACAAGCUCCCCAUGCGUCUGGAGGAGAGGGACUAUUAUAGCGACUGCUACCUGGCUCUAGAGCACGGCAGGCAGUUCAUGGACAACAUGUCUGGAGGGAAGGUCGAUGAGACUCUGGUCAAGAGCACUAGUUUACACCAGUGGGCAAAACGUGGCGCUUUCGAUAUGAGCAUGCUGUUCUCCCAAGAUGUGCUCAGGAUGCUGUUGUCACUGCAACCUGUAUUACAAGAUGCCAUUCAGAAGAAGAGGUCUGUGCGUUCUUGGGGGGUCCAGGGCCCCCUCACCUGGCAGCAGUUCCACAAGAUGGCUGGCAGGGGGUCUUAUGGCACGGACGAAUCUCCAGAGCCUCUUCCCAUCCCUACCUUGCUGGUGGGUUACGAGUAUGAUUUUGUGGUGAUGUCGCCUUUCGCUCUGCCUUACUGGGAGAAGCUUCUGCUGGACCCGUACAGCUCCCACCGGGACAUCGGAUAUAUGGUGGUGUGUCCUGACAACGAGGCUUUGCUGAAUGGAACCAGGACUUUCUUCAGAGACUUGACUGCUGUGUAUGAGUCCUGUCGACUCGGUAAGCACAGGCCCAUCUCCAAGAUAUACGCCGAUGGCAUCAUGACCGUGAACGAUACUGCAUCGAAACCUCUAACAGAUCAGCCUCCCAACGACUGGCUCCCAAAAAUCGUCAACAGCAGCAGCGAAGCCUUCACCAAGCUCAGACUCUACUCUCAAGUGUGCAGGAACGACUUGGCUACACAUCUGGCAGGCCAGUCUUUAGACAGCUCACUGCUAACUCAGCGAAACCCUAACAGCUCCUGCAACCCCAACACAGCUGCUCAGAACAGCGCGGCACCCUCCACCAACAGCACCCCACCCUCCACCAACAGCACCACCAACACAAACAACAGCACCACCAACACAAACAACAGCACCACCAACACAAACAACAGCACCACCAACACAAACAACAGUACCACCAACACAAACAACAGUACCACCAACACAAACAACAGUACCAUCAACACAAACACCACCAACACAAACAACAGUACCACCACAUCCACCUCCUCUUCGUGCUCUCAGGGCAUCGGCAUCUUGCCGUCUGUCAAACCCAAUUCCAUCCCACCCUUUGGGGCUCAGGGCUUGCAGUCUAGCCAGCAGAGCAGUGCUCAGAGCGCAGGGCCUCUGGGAGAUGGAACAUCAACCGCAGGCCAACCUCAGGUCCAGUCUGAGCCUGCUGAGAGCACGAUGGAACGAGAGAAGGUGGGUGUGCCGACUGAUGGAGACUCCCAUGCCGUCACCUACCCUCCUUCCAUAGUGAUCUACAUAGUGAACCCCUUCAGUUACGAGGACACAGGAACCAGUUCCAGCAUUUGGACCCUGGGGCUCCUCCGCUGUUAUUUAGAAAUGCUUCAGUGUCUCCCUCCUCACAUCAGGAAUGCCGUUUAUGUGCAAAUAAUACCCAGCCAGUUCUUGCUGCAGCCGGUCUGGAGUGAGGAGCGCCACAUCUACGCGCAACAUCUGAAGUCUUUGGCUUUCUCAGUUUACACUCAGUGCAGACGCCGUCUGCCGACCUCUACUAAUGUCAAAACGCUAACAGGCUUCGGCCCCGGCCUGGCCAUUGACACUGCACUACAAAGACCAGAGAGACCAGAGUGUUUACAUCUCUACGCGCCGCCGUUUGUUCUGGCUCCGGUGAAAGAUAAGCAGACUGAGUUGGGCGAGACUUUCGGCGAGGCUGCGCAGAAAUACAACGUGCUGUUUGUUGCCUACUGCUUGUCACAUGACCAGCGAUGGCUCUUGGCUUCAUGCACCGACCAGUAUGGAGAGCUGCUGGAAACUUGCAUCAUCAGCAUUGACGUACCUAAUAGAGCUCGGAGGAAAAAGGGUUCUGCAAGACGACUGGGCCUUCAGAAACUUUGGGAGUGGUGUCUCGGGAUUGUGCAGAUGACCUCAUUGCCGUGGCGUAUUGUGAUUGGCCGGCUUGGAAGGAUAGGCCACGGGGAGUUACGUGAUUGGAGUAUUUUGGUGACUCGGCAGAACUUGCAGUCUCUCAGCAGACGACUGAAGGAAAUGUGUAGGAUGUGCGGUAUCUCCGCCGCUGACAGUCCCAGCAUCCUCAGUACCUGUCUAGUCGCCAUGGAGCCCCAGGCUUCUUUUGUCAUCAUGCCAGACUCGGUGUCCACAGGCUCCGUGUUUGGUCGCAGCACAACCCUGAACAUGCAGACGUCUCAGUUAAACACUCCUCAGGACACCUCCUGCACUCACAUCCUGGUGUUCCCCACGUCUGCUGGCCUCCAGGCCUUCAAUCCCAGCAAUGAUGUUCAGAUGGACGGGCUCCUGGAUGAUCUGCUGUCAGACAACGACCUGGUUGAUCCUGACCUCAUCAACAUAAUGCGUAAUUCACCCAGCACCUCCCCAGUGCAUUCGCCAGGCUCACACUACCACCACGGAGGAGAUGGAAGCAAGGGUCAGAGCACAGACAGGAUGGAGUCUCACGAUGAGUCUCCCAACAUCCUGCAGCAGCCCUUGGCUCUGGGAUACUUGGUCUCUACGGCUAAAGCGGGUCCACUGCCUGACUGGUUCUGGUCCUCCUGUCCGCAAGCAAAAAACCAAUGUCCUUUGUUUCUGAAGGCUUCUCUGCACCUUAAUGUUUCAUCAGUGCAGUCAGACGAGCUGCUGCACAGUAAACACACUCACCCUUUGGACUCCAGUCAUACCUCAGACGUGCUCAGAUUUGUGCUGGAGCAGUACAACGCCCUGUCAUGGCUGACCUGUGACCCAGCAACUCAGGACCGGCGCUCUUGUCUGCCUGUGCACUUCGUUGUGCUCAACCAAAUGUACAAUUUCAUUAUGAACAUGCUCUAACAAACAAGGGUUCUGCACAACCGCUGCCUGUUGGAUUUUCACAACAGAGACCACAUUACUGCACUGCCGCCACAGGGCUCCAAGCUGUGGACAUGGCUGGACAACCAACCAAUCGUACAGCGCACUUAUGGCAACGCCAGGCUGCCCAGUUUAUGCCAAGUGUCCAUCUCACAAAAACUGGAGGACGAGGAACUAGUGCAUCAGAAUGAACUAAUACGUCCCCGUUCAAAGCCUGAACGUGCAGUUCAGGUCGUAUUUUAUCCAGUUGAAAUGCCUGCGUAUAUAUUAUUUAUUGUAACUUUUUAAAUGUGUAAUUUCUUAAGCUUUUAUAUUAUAUAAAUGCGGGAAGGCAUGUAUUACCUUCCCCAAUGAAAUGAAAAUGGUUUGUCAUGUAUGUAAUUGUCUUACUUACAGAACCGACAAGUGAAUUUGCUGUAGGUUUGCUUUUAGAGGAAUAUUAAGAGAAAUAUUUUCUCCACGAUUUUUACUGUCACAGUGUACAGAUGAAGUAUACAUGAGAUCAUGUUCUUACCUUUGUGUGGUGGGGACUUUAAGGCUGUAGCUACAGAAUUACUGUACAGCGAUUUAAUGUGUUCAAAUAAGAGGACAAGAGGUACAUUGUCGGAAUAUAUAUUUUAUAUCACAGAUUUAGAGAAUUGUGUGUAUAUAUAUAUAAAUGUGUACAUACAAUCGUGUGCCGCUAUGGAUGGUGCAGCCGAUGUUUUAGGAAUAAAGUGUGUAAAACUUGAAACCUGUUCUCGUCAUGACACAUCUUGCUUGAUUUUGAGCAAAUAACCGGUGGAAAAAAUGAGCCACUAUAUUGCAGGAGGUUUCAUCAUAUUCUCAAGGUGUGAUAAGCCCUCGAGGGAGAUGUUGCUGUGUAUUUAUUCUGCUCAAGUCUCUGUGAAAUGACAUGCUGCUCAUCUCAUCAGGCUUGUUCACGUAAGCUUCCGGCUUCUUUGCAUAUUUGAUCAUUUCUUUGACGGAGCUGAAGUUGGAUAAACAACAUUAGCACUUGAACUGUGCUGAUAGCACUGUUAUUGUUCAUCGAGGUCCCUCCUGAUAUCUCUAUAACUGACAUUGCCCCUGGAGAUUUGUCGUUUCUUUAUCCUUCCAUUGUUGUUUCUGUCAUCAGCACACAGUCACUGCUGUUAGUUCACCUAACUUGGCAGCUCUCGUGGUUAAAAUACCUCCGUCUUUAUAACAUUUUAAUUAUUUUGAUUUGGCUAUUUUUAAUUAAGGAAGAUGUUAAGUGCCUACAUGCGUCUGUUUGUAAAUGUAUUUUCAAGCACUUAAGCUGGGUCCACCUCG